GCAAGGAAAUCUUAUUUUUAAACAGCUGCCCACUUGGCAGAAGUUCCUUAUAGACUGUUUUCUUCAUGAGUUAACGAUCUUUACAAGUUUGCAAGACCUCCUUCAGAAAGGGGAGCUGUUGGUGGAUAGGAAAGCAGAAGAUUGAAAAACCAUCUGAAAGGAAAGAUAACCGCUAAACGGGCACACAGCAUGGACGUGGGAAGAGAACCUGUCAGCUCUGCCUUUGUUUGAUGCCGUAUCAGUUGCUGUGUGUUAAUUACUGAUUGGGAGGGUUCUGCACGGUCCUAAUUUGCGGUGCUCCCCACACAGAGCAGUUCAGGCUUUAUUUUAGUGUUCAUCUGGUGAUAAAGUGUCAGUCACUGAGAAGAUGCAGAGCAGUUUCAUGCAUAUGUAAUUUAUAUAUUUUUUCCAAACUCACAGCUUACUCCCAUAUAUAAACAGUGUAUAAUACUGUAUAGUGUAAAUAAGGAAGAAGACGAAUUGUUUUGUGUGUAAUUUGACACAAAAAAUGAAAAGCAAGCGCUCCUGCUGACUGUAAGUAUGUUGGCCCCAAAACUGCUCGAGAAACCAGCGUCAGGGAAGGCAGAGGCUUAAUUAGGGAUCGACGAUAAUGAUUUUCUUCGGAUUUCCUCACGGUUCCACACACCGCGGAGCGCACCGCACGCGCUCCUUCACGCGGGCCCGCCUUCCCGCCCGCGGGGGCGUCACGUGAGCGCAGCGCGGGUCGCCAACGGGCGCGGGGCUGAGGGAGGGGCCGCCAUCUUAGGGGUGACCACUACUGAGCUCUGAUUUUGUUUGGAAUUUGCUGGAGUGCUUUAAAGGUGCACUGCUGGAAUUUCAGGUGUGAGAUACCUGCUUUGGAGGUCUUCAGCAGGACAUUUUCAAGAACCGUGAAGAAACUGUCAUUAUUUAAUAACAAGGAAUAAAAACUGGGAAGAACAUGUUUCUAGUUGAAUCUCAGAAAAUGAGUGGCACUGCUGUUGUCGUUUGUCUUGUUUUGCAAUUGCUGCGAGAUGUAAAGCCAUCUGUCGGGAGCUGCAUUCCUAGAAAAACAUUAAAAUACCAAACUGUAAAUGUAGAAAUGUUUCUGAACGAAGGCUUGUCCAAUGUUUCCACUCUCCUUGUGGAUGAAGAAACUGAUACGCUGUUUGUUGGAGGCAGGGAUGUGAUAUCUGCCCUUGAUUUGAAUAACAUUUCCAGAGAAAUUGCCAGGGAACACUGGUUUGCUACACAGGAAAGACAGCUGGAAUGUAUUCGUAGAGGCAAGGACAAGAUACGAUGCCAAAACUACAUCCUCUUCCUCCAUAAGAUAAAUGACUCUAACCUAUAUGUUUGUGGAACAAAUGCCUAUCACCCAGUGUGUGAUCACAUGCUUAUCCAUAGGACAAAGAUGCGCUUGCAAGGAAGAGCUGAAGAGAGCAGAGGGAAGUGUCCUUUUGAACCAACUCUGAAGUACGCAUCCGUUUUUGUAGAUGGAGCAUUUUACUCGGCUACUUCAAAUAAUUUCUUGGGAACAGAACCUAUAAUACUUCGCAGCAUGCAAAAUCCUGUAAGAACAGAAUUUAAAACGUCUUGGCUAAAUGAACCAAGCUUUGUCAACAUGGAAAUAGUACCUGAAAGUGAGUCUAGUCCAGAUGGAGAUGAUGAUAAAAUUUAUGUGUUCUUCACUGAAACAGCUGUUGAGUUUGAAUUCUAUGACAAGAUUCUGGUGUCCAGAAUUGCUCGUAUCUGCAAAGGUGAUCUUGGUGGAAAACGCUUACUGCAGAGAAGAUGGACUUCAUUUUUAAAAGCCCGACUUUCCUGUUCCAUUCCAGAACUCAACUUCCAUUUCAAUAUCGUUCAGGACGUCUUUUUUCUCAGGAGAGGGAAGUGGCAGGACAGCAUAUUUUAUGGAAUUUUUGCCCAACAGUGGGGAAGAUUGGACAUAUCAGCUGUUUGUGCAUACAGCAUGCCAAGCAUUCAGGAAGCCUUCUCCAAAGGAAGCUACAAAGGACCAGUAACUGUGGAACAUUCCCACAUGAAAUGGAUGGUUUUUAGAGGAGAGGUGCCAGUUCCACGUCCUGGUGCUUGUAUUGAUAAUUUUGCCCGGAGUAUGGGGUAUAAUACAUCUUCUGACUUGCCCGACAAAGUUUUGCAGUUUGCUAGAGAUCACCCUCUAAUGGAUGGUUCUGUAAAUCCAAUUGGUAACAGGCCAGUGCUACUGAAGAGAAGCUCAAACUAUACCAGGAUUGUGGUAGACAGAGUCACUGGCCUAGAUAAACAGACCUACGAUGUUAUGUUUCUAGGAACAAAUGAUGGAUAUUUGCAUAAAGCUUUCAAUUGCGAUGGAGAAAUGUUCAUUGUGGAAGAGCUACAGCUGUUUCUGUCUCCUGAGCCUGUUCAGUUUCUUCAGCUGUCUUCUAAAAAGGGGAUGCUCUAUGUGGGGUCCCUGUCUCAAGUGGUACAGCUUCCAGUUUCGGGAUGCCACCGGUACAAGUACUGCUUGGAUUGCAUCCUGGCAAGAGACCCGUACUGCGCCUGGUCGCAGGCUUCUCACGCCUGUGUUCUGCUGUCAGCUCAGCCUGCUGAUCCAAAGGAGCAGCCAAUCUUCAGCACCAGAGCCCAUGUUUUCCAAAUCGACCCCGCUACCAAAAGAAACUGGAUCCCCGCCAGCAAACAUGCCUUGACUGUCUCGUAUUUUUACGAUGCCACGCGCAAUGUGUACCGGAUCAUCAGUGUGGGAGGCACCAAGGCAAUCAUCAACAGCACUAUCACCCCCAACAUGACCUUCACAAAGACAUCCCAGAAAUUUGGACAAUGGGCAGAUAGCCGAGCCAACACAGUGUAUGGAUUGGGCUUUGCUUCAGAACAACACCUCUCCCAGUUUGCAGAGAAGUUCCAGGAAGUGAAAGAAGCAGCACGUUUGGCAAGGGAGAAGUCCCAGGAUAAAACAGAACUGACCAAUCCUGCCCUGAAUAUCACAUCUCACCAGGUACUUCCUAGCCCCAUCAUCAGCUCAAAUGGACCAGGAGAAGAUAAACUAUUCCGGAGUCAAAGUGCUGAUGUUGAGAUAAGCACGGAGAAGGAGCGUCUGAAGAAGAUGCUUUCAGAAGGUUCGGUGAGUGAGGUCCAGUGGGAGGCUGAAUUCUUUAGCCUCCAGGACAACAACAACAAACUUGUGGCUGCUCUCCAUGAAGCCAACGCCAAUGUGGACCAGUGGAAGAAGCAGCUGGCUGCAUAUCAGGAGGAGACGGAAACACUGCGGCAGCGGGUAGCAGAACUGGAGUCGCAGGGGGCUCAUGACUCCUCCAGUGAGAACAACAAGGAAGAGCUAAGCCAAACCCUGGAAGAGCUGGAACUGCUGAUCAAGGCUAAAGACGAGGAGAUUCAGAUGCUAAAGAGCCAAAAGUGUGGCCGAUGGGAAGCAGAGGGCGAGCGUGAGGAGACGCUACAAAAGCUCCAGGAGCUGGAGGCACGCAAUGCAGAGCUGGAGCGCCGCCUUCACCUGGCCGAGCAGACGCUGGCAGAGACCCUGGCUGAGAGGGAGAAGAUCCAGAAUGAGGUCACCAAGGUGGCAGAGAUAAUGGACGUGAAGAUAUUUGAGCUCAGUGAGAUCCGGCAAGGACUAGCCAAGCUGGUGGAGAGCAACUGAGCAGCGGCAUGCUCAGAGGGAGACGCCUCCGGAGGAGCGGAGCCUGACCUGGGACUGGUCACUGACAGCAAUUUUGAUCACAGAACAGCCUCGAGGUCUGUUUGGGCAGGAUAUGCCAACGUACCAGCAGCUGCCUGGACAGUGUGGUGACCAGGCGCAGCCACUUACUGCCCACUGAACAACCAGCUGGAGGGCAGAGAGGGCCUGAGCUCCUGUAUCCUCCACAGGAAGCAUCUACAAGUCACAGCCAGGCCUCUCUGGACCCUGUCAUGGCUAUGGCAUGGUCCAGAGAUGGCAGCUGUCCCUCUGCUGCCUUCCCAGCCUCCCUGCUGCCACACUGUGUCUCCCACAUUUUUACAAUUUUCUAGGGGAAAGUGCUGAGCAGCCUUUGCAUUUUUUUCAGUAGUUUUUUAGGGAACCACUUGCCUUUUGCAAAAUAAGCUGCUUAUUUCCCAACCAAAGGAGGGAAAAGAGGUAUCAGCACUUUGAGGGCAUCACUGGCUCCUUUUCCAGCCCUAACUACACUGUGUCUUUCUAACAGGAUGCACUAACACUGGUCGCUGUCAGGAGCUUACAGAGGUAGCAGAGUCCCUACUGCAGAGAAGGGUGCUUGCCUGCCCAUAUGCUGUUCAGUCACAGCCUCCAGAGGAAAAAGAACUGCAGGUUUUAAAGCUCUUAUUAGUUUAACACAGUGGGGUUUAAUGAAUUCUUAAAGCUUCUUUAAGCUGAGAGCAAAGGCCUGGUUGGGAAAGGGGCAUUUGAGAAAUGGGACAUGCCCGAGGGGAUGGCCAACCAACUGCUAGAUUGGCAUCUCUCCCAGCCUCUAAGGGCUGUAGUUAAUUGAAAUUAAAUGGAGCAAAUCAGAGUUGCUCUUGUUUGGUUUUUUUUUUUUCCCUCUCUUUUACAGGGAAGCAGUCCACAGAGAUGUCCUGCUCUGUGUCAGAUGAGCAGUGUUCCUUUUGAAGGGUACAGGUCCCAGCUUGCCAUGCUUAGCCCGAUUAAAUGAGAACAGGAGGCAUUUGGAGCAUGCUGGGACCAGCGCCCUGUGGGGCCUGUGGGAAGUCUGUGGGUUGCUGUAGAUGUUGUCUAGUCGUAGGAAUCGAGCAAGGCCUGAGGGAGACACUGCAGAAACCUGGAAAGUCGUGUCUCCCUCGUGGUGUCCUUUGAGUCCCCGUAGUUACGUAGGAGCAUGCUUAGCCCUGUGCUGAAUGACGAAGCAGUGUCUGUGUAGAAGUAGAUAGUAACCUUACAGGAGUGCUGAUUUGGAUUUUGUGGUUGUUUUUUUGCCCUCUUUGCUGUAUAGAUUAGGCAAAGACAGCAGUAAUCCUGGGAAUGUUUCCCAGGUCUGCAGAAACCUUAGUUACUUAGCAAGCACUGGCUGCCAUGUACUGCCUUCUCUGCAUCCAGACAAUCCUGGGCAGACCAGCAUCAAGGCAGUGCAGUUCCUCAGGGCCUCCCUCUCCUUUCACUCACCUGGUGACCAAGAGAGGAACCCACAUCUUCUGCACGCUGCCUGCAAGCUGGGACAGGACUAGGUCUGGCACCUUGGGAAUCUGCUGGAAUGGAGAAUUGCUGGUGACUGUGCUGGAUUGUGUCUAGGCAAAGCCCAUCCCUCUCACAGGGAUGAUGAGGAAACAUUGAAAUUUCAAGACCUGUGUAGCCAGGGAGGGGCUUUUCUGUUUGGAGGUUUGUUUUUUCUGUUUUCAGGUUAGUUUUCUUGUUGUUUUUUUUUUUCUUUUCUCUCUCUCUCUCUUUUUUUUUUUCUUAGUAUUCUGUUGUUUUUGUUGUUGUUAUUGGUUUCUAUUUUAUUUUGUUUUGCAUGAAGUGUUCUCACAACUGUAUGGGGUGGAGCUAUUGUAGUAACAUUUGUUUCGGGGUAUUUAAGAAGGGAAGGAAGGAAGCUGGCUGACAGAGUUUUCUGGGGACUUGUGUACCAACCCAUGCCAGUGUUCACAUUUUAUUCCAACAGGAGCAGCCUUCUUUGAAAUAGAGAUCAGCUCCAAGAAAGGUGUGUUUCGUCUGCAUCUGUUACUGUUAUAUGGGAUGACAGAGGUGGGGCUUGGGGUAUGAAGAAAAAGUAAGCAAAAGUUUACGUUCUCAUUAUCACUGCUCUCUCACACUUCCGUGGCUGUGACCCACAAGGUGGAGCUGGAUACAAAUUCUCAAAUCUGGCCGGUGACCAUCUCAUAGUUCUGCCCGUGCUCUGCAUCUGAGCCCAUGCCUGUAUUGUACUGCUCAUUGAUCGGGGCUGACCGGGCCGGCGUGUGCCACACCUGGGUGAGUCAGCUCCGCUGAGGGAGGCUGCUCCCAAGAGACGAGGGAGAGGACCAGAGUCAAGCUGCUGCAUGACUGAGUGGGAGAGAGCCAGAUGCAAGCUGCAGCAUGGUGUUUCAGAGGGUACCUGCUGUCUGCUCCUUCCCCCCAGGACCUGCCCUGACCAGGGUCAGGCAGCAGUGCAGGGUGAGACCUGGCUCUUAUGCUGUUAAGGCUCUUCUAGCCCCAUAUGUGUUUUACGCUCUCAGACUGAACCCUGCCAUCACUGGACAGCUCCGUCAGACCUCUGGCAAAAACAGCUGACCCACUGACAAUCUAGGUUGAAUACCAGAAGAUGGUCUACAAGUCAUGCAAUGAGUCACAAAUUUAAGGGACCUGCGUUUAAUUUCCCACAGGCUUCCUGCAGGACGUUCCCAUCAUUUCACACAGUUCAAUCUCUUCAUGUUUAUCUCUUCAGACAGGGCCAGGCUUCUUAAAAAUACUAUGAAAAAUAUACGAUGCUGUGAAAAAGACCAAGUCCUAAGCUGCUGCAUGUCCAAGUUGCCUAGAGUUGUGGUUGAUGCUCUGUCACUGGAGACUUUCAAGGCGAGGGUGGAUCAAGCCAUGGGCAACCUGAUCCAGCUGUGUGUGUCCCUACUCAUUGCAGGGGCAUUGGACUAGCUGACCUUUAAAGGUCCCUUGCAACUCUAAGGAUUCUGUGAUUCUAUAUGAGACUGGAAGCAGUCCCCAUCCCCCAAGGACCCCUACGUCCUCAUUAAUGGUGCUCAGAAUCAGUGUUGAGAGUGCUCCUGAGUUCAAAUUGUGGAUGGGGUAGCUGGGUACCAACAAAAACAAAGUGCUAUGUACUGGCCAUGCAGACAUCCUAAAAUAGUACGCCCCGUUUGCUUGAGCAACCCAAUAUUUGUUGUUUUGAGGAGGUACACCCCCCUGACAGUAUUGUUUGUGUCUAGGGGAGGAAAUAUUGCCCUCCAUCAUACCGUUAAGUGCAGAUUCCUUCACUGGGCUCUUGUGAGGUCAGUGCUUUUGCAGUAGGAACAAAUGCUCCCCGUUAAACUUUCUGAACGGCCUGUCCAUUGUGAAUGCUCAGCGCUGUCUGCUUCUGGAAACUUGGAGCUGCCCAGCUGCCAGCUCCCUGACAGGAUGCAGGACGUUUUGUUUCCCUGCACACAGCAUACCUUGAGGCCAGCAGUACUUUGCAUGCAUUUGCUGUGCCCUGCUUUUUCUUGUAGUCACAGUCCUCGCUCUGCUUCCUUGCAUUUCCAUUGUCAAGAACCAGGAACAGAGGUCAUUUUACUUUAGACACUUCCCCAUGGGUACUAGAUGCAAUUCUCUUCCCUGCCAGAAUAAUCUGAAUAGUGGCUUUUUUAUGAGAUCUGUCCUGUGCUCAGCAUUUGUUAAAAGUCUUUUAUUGAGGCAUUGCAGGGCAGUGUGAUGGAUGGUUCUGGGAGGCACUUUCCUUUGCAGUCUUCCCUCUUCUGAACUAAUGAAAACCCAUUCAUCACCGGCUAUUUCCACAAAUGCCCUAAAUCUGCAGUUAGUGAUGAGGCAGGUCUGCUGGAGAUAAUAUAACAGCAAAGCACUAAUUCCAUCUGCCCCAUUCUAAUGAGUAUUUAAAAAGGACUCCCAUAGUGUUCCAGAACAACUGCUCUCUAACAUGUCCCCACCGUGCCCUUUCCAGCCCUCACCCCUUCCCUGUUUAUGCUUCUCUUGCUUCAAAAGAAGAAAAUCUUGUGUUACAAAAGCCAGUGUUGAAUGACAAGACUGCAGUUUGUUUGCUUCUGUCUCACAAUAACAAUUACUGUCAGGAACUAAAUAACAGUUGCUUCCUUGCUGGAGGAAAAAUGCUACAGAUUGCAGGUACCUUGAGAGACCUAAUUCUUUUGGCAAAUGAGGUUCUUAAUUAUUUAUAGAAAACCUAGGCAGAACAUUAAUAAAGAGAACAUGGGGAAGAUGGUUCACAUGUGAGAUGAAGAUGCAAACAAAAAAUCUUGCAGCCUUACUCUCCUGGCACAAGGUUCUGAGGAGUAGUAGCAAUGAGUCUGAUCUUCUGCUCUGAAUAUGGACCUGAGACGAGGCCCUUCUGACCAGCUCAGCAAGAGGAAACAAAGCUUUGCUAUUACAGGACGUGCCAAUAAUAGAGCCUCAGAAAAAGGAUGUGUCUAAUGCAAACUCCAUCUGACAGAUGCCAAUACAGGCCUCCCGGGCUGAACAGGAAUCCAAAUCCAGUCCAGGCCUAGAGCAGGCCUGGCAGUUGUGAUGCCAAACCACCACCAGCUCUGCCACCGGCUCGCUCUGCGAACUCCCUUGCCUCUCCAGGCUUUCAUUCCUCCUCCAUAAAGUAAUCACCCUCCCUGCAGGGCUGCUGGGCCUCAAUUACCAGCAUCUACAAGGUGCCUGAAAAGCCAAGAGAAAGAAAGGCCAGCAUAGGCUGGGCUGGUAAAUACGCUAAGUCUGUGAGUGAUUUUGGAGGAGGUAAAAUCUUCCUGAAAUAAUGCCCUUGAUAAUGUGUGAUGUGGCGUUAGGUAGCCUCACAGUAAAGCUGCUUAACAUACUGUCUUUGAUAUCUAUAUUUUUGUGAGAGCACACCGAAGCAAGUUCUUGGUGGAGGGGAAGCAGGUAGGCACUUUGUCUUAAAUUGCCAAGGGAAUUGGUGAUUAAAUAGCACCAAUAAUGAAAAAUAGGCCACCUAACCCUUUUGAGCUCCCUGGCAUCUGGGCUGGGAUACAGAAAUCAGCUGGUCUGUUACUUGGAGGGUAGGAUAUUUUUAGUUCAGAAAUUGUCUGUUUACACUUGACAGCACAGGCAAGCAUCCUCUGUGAGUGUAACUCCCCCCCACCACAUGCAGAUACUGGAAAACAAUUUCCGUGUGCACCAGAGAAGGCAAGGCAAUUAAAUGUGUGUUUUGGAAAAUGUCCAUGAACACAUAAUAAAGCCCCAAACUCUA